UACACACUGGUACACGGCAUGGUGGGAGCGUCGCAAAUGCCGAAGAACGGACAAACUGUAGUCUCCCGGCCUGGUCUAUCAUCGGUCGGUAAAGACUGGCGUUGCUCCAAGUCCAAGAUCGAAAUCCGACUCACCCCAUCGUCCCCAUGGCCCAGUGACCUGGUGACAGAGUCCUGGUACAGUGGUAGUCGGGACUACUGUACCGAAGAGGAAUCGUCACCCUCACCCUCCGCUCGAUCUCAACGCGCGUGUCGACAGACUCCACUGUUCCGUCCGUCAAUUUACGGACCAAGCGGCAGCUUCCGCGUCACGAACAAUCAACAUGCCGGUCAACAGAUCCAAGAACACCUGGGCCACGCGGAAGCCAUCAAAUGAUCGACGAGUCGUGUUCAAUCACAACGGUGGUGUGUCGGGUAAUGUACAGCUGCCGCCUGCUUGGUCCGACAUGAAGGUCGUGGGCAAAUCAGCCACACCACUGGCACCAGUAGCAGAAAGCACAGCAAGAGCGAAGACGACGGCAGGGCUGAGCAAUGGCCGAAGACAACAGCCAGCCACAACAACACUGUUGCGGCGAGGGCUGACGGGUGGAAGAGCACGACCAUUGCACAAUGCCGCUGGUAGACAGUCUGUCAAAACAGCUCCUGCUCAGGUUCAACAACAACAGCAGCAACAGCAGCAGCAGCAAACAAAACAAGAAGACGUUGAACAGAAUGCCAGUCAUGCCAAGGAAUCAACACACCAAAUCAGGACCGCACCGGCGGCUACUGAAGAGCAAGAUAAGGCACUGGGCCAUCAGCCUGUACCCAACAAACGAACUAGAGGUCAACACCACCCAAGGCCCAUUGUCCUGCCAUGUCGCAAUCCAGAGAAGUACGUGGCCAGAAUGAAACACGAUGGCCGCCUAGAUCAGAUCGAUCGUUUUCGCAAGGCCCACAACAUCGGGAGCGUGGAUGAUAACCUUGAUGAGACUAGUCCUGGUAAUGACAGGGGCAAUGCUGCUGCUGGCAGCACCCGCAAAGAAAAUGCUACUAGUCAGCGACCUGAUUUAAGUCACUCAGCCGGUCAAGGUCUGCAAGCCAAGAAGAGUGGAAACAGAUCUCACAGGUCGAGUGCCGGCAGCCGGCAAAAACAGUCCACGGUGCAGCCAGAGUGGGGUAUAGACCGAGCGGCGUGGUCCAAGAGUCAGAUAGUGGCGUUUACCUCGGCGCUGGCCAAGCAAGACUAUCUCUUCAAGCGCUGCGGAAUGACCCCGUACGCCGCUGGUGUGUUGGGCUACCCUGGUAUUCGGAUUGGCAACAUCAACCGACCGGAGAUAGAAAAAACAGAGUACGGCCAUUACAAGCCACCAGUGGACUACAGGACUAAGAAAGAAGUGCGUAGCGAUAUGGCCAAAUUCCGCAAUAAACUGCGAGGAGAGCUCAAUGGCUACAAAGAGAAACGUGCCAAGUAUCCUCCGCUCACCUGGGAUGAAAUGAUGCAGGAGCUGCAGGUGGGUAGCCGUAAGAACUAUGUUUACGAUGGAGAGAUUAGCCUUCCGAUACAACGGAAAGAGAAGAGGACAAAACUGGUGUACGACCCUACGGGUAUGGCCAUCCCAGUCACCUACGACUUCCAGACCUGCCUGACCUUCGACCGUGAAGUCCUCCGGCCGAAACGUGACGAGCGCAACUGGUACAGUGGAAGCGCCCAUCCCUCGGACUCGGACUGGGAGCAUGUGAUCCAACACGCCGAAGAACAUUACCAGGCCGAGGGAGAUGAUCUUGUAUAUGCCGCAGAGCGCACAGAGACAUCAGGCCUGCUUUGCAUUUGGUUUCGUGUGGGAACACGAGAGCAAUAUGUAGGUCCACAGGAAGACUGGAUAUAUGACAUCUAUAUUCAGGAUCUCACGUCUAGUCCCUUGGCACGGGUCCUACGUCAAAUCAAGCCAUACAUUUGCCCCAACAUUGUCAUGAACCCGCUGUGCAAGAAAGCAGUCUUUGCACUCCAGCUAGGCAAGGAGUUUCCCUGGCUGCGACCUGGAGACACAUUUCAUGAAAGGCCCUUGUCAUUGAUCAUUAAGGGAGGAAUGCCAGAUGAUCAGAGGAAGGUAUUGCUACAAAUAUCACUUUGCCUCGGUGCCCAACACAUAUGGAGGCUAGUUUAUAGAGACCAGCAGACUUCUGCCGAGCGACGCAACAAGUGGAGACAAGCUGAUGAAUUUCCACCUAACUCUGAGAAAACUAGUGGCAACACGGAGAACACAGAGAAUGUGCCUGAUGCCAAUGAGAAGAACAUUGUGCAACAGAAUGCCAGUGAAGAGAAUGCAAUGCUGGACAGAGCUGCUGCUGCUGGAGCAACACCACCUGUAGAAUCAACACAAUUGCGCACACCUCCCCUACUGACUGAGUCCCUGCUGCUCGCGCCGGCUGCUAGCGGGCAACACGCCCGAUCCCCGGCAGCGUACACUGGCGAGUCAGCCGGUACUAGCAUGCACAGAAAAUCCUCUCUGCACGACCCUGUGACCGGUCUGCUGAGCAGUCGCAGAAGCCGACAACACGGACACCAACGUCCAUUGGGGCGACCCUCAAGUGGUAGCAGGCAUGCCACAGAACCCAGCAACCCGGAAGAGUUCAGAAUGCUGAUGGAUUCCAUGCGCAAAGACAUCUUGCCACAAGCGAAGCCCCCAACAUCGUCUUGAACUUCAAUUGCCGAAGCCUGGCUCUGUAUAGCAAGCCCGUCAAAUAGAGCGACAUGACUGAGGUGUUUGGACCUUGAGUGUCUAGUCACCGUCUAUUGGCCACGAGUUAUGGCACACACGUAUAUAGCUCUACCUUCGUCUUGUUGUGCGAGCUUGGAAGCAAUGAUGCAUUUCUGAUGGUGCACUAGACUUUGCAGCGGUCAACAUACUAAGCCGGAAGGCUGAAUGGAGACGGGUCAUUGUGUCUUGCCUCCUUGCACUGUGUAUAAUUCAGAAUGUCUAGUGAAUUGAGUUUCAGGAUGGUUAUUGCUACUAAGUCUUGGUGUCAUCGUCACCAUGAAGCAGAUCUUCUAACGAAAAUAUCUCUCCUACAGUGUCUACUCAGUCCGUGGACAUGGUUUUGUUUUGUCCUCUGUGUCUCACAGUGUACUACUAGUAUUCUGUGUCAGAUCAUCGAGUCAAGAACAUGCACUGCUGCGGUCAAUUAGCGUGGCUGCCAUUGGGUCUUCCUAUGGCACACAUUGUGCG